AUGAAUGCUCAGAACCUAAACGGAAUUUUCCCAGAUGUUAAACAAAAAAAGCAAACUAAUGAAUCAUCUCCUUUCGAUCAUAAACAAAGAUGCUUCUAUCAAAUGUUUGACUUUAAGAAGCUGGGCAUUCAAAGUUGUGAAAAGUUUCAAGCACUGCCUGAACGAAAAGGAAAGAUGUUUCUCAAUGAAUUGUAUACUGAUGGCUACACGUACAGAGUUCUAUUUGCUAGAAAAGUGCUUCCGUCAUCACCAGAAAACAAUAGCUGUCUAGAGUUGAACGAUUUUACAAGCGAAGAGGUGGACAGGUAUUUCCGUCCAUGUACUGUAGACCCAGGAAGACGGGAUCCUUUUGUCUCUUAUCAUGGUGACCACUGA